GAACGGUCACGUGGAGGAAGCGGAAGUCCUAGCCAUCUCGUCGUUGCCGAACCUCUUGUCGCUCUGUGUAUGUGUUUAGGACUGGAGCACUAUCUUCCCCCUACUUUUGUCACGCCUGGUCUGGGGUGAUGGCUCCGCCUGGGGAUCCACGGCGCCUCUGCAGGCUGGUGCAAGAGGGCCAGCUGCGCGCCCUGCAGGAAGAGCUGGAGGCGGCCGGAGGCUGCCAUGGGCCAGCUGGGGACACCCUUCUCCACUGUGCGGCCCGCCACGGGCGCCAGAACAUUCUGGCUUAUCUAGUGGAGGCUUGGAGUAUGGACAUCGAGGCUGCCAAUCGAGACUACAAGCGGCCUCUACACGAAGCUGCCUCUAUGGGCCACCGGAACUGCGUGCGCUACCUCCUGGACCGAGGGGCAGCUGUGGACUCCUUGAAGAAGGCGGACUGGACUCCUCUGAUGAUGGCUUGUACAAGGAAGAACCUUGAAGUGAUCCAGGACCUUGUAGAACAUGGUGCCAACCCACUCCUGAAGAACAAGGAUGGCUGGAACAGUUUCCACAUUGCCAGUCGAGAAGGCGACCCUGUGAUCCUCCAGUACUUGCUCACGGUCUGCCCGGAUGCUUGGAAAACAGAGAGCAAGAUUAGAAGAACUCCUUUACAUACUGCAGCAAUGCAUGGCUGUUUCGAAGCAGUACAGGAGCUUCUUGAUAGGUGUCACUAUGAGCCAGACUGUAGAGACAACUGUGGCGUCACACCCUUCAUGGAUGCAAUUCAAUGUGGCCAUGUUAACAUAGCCAUGCUGCUCCUUGAAAAACACAAGGCUUGCCCUUCAGCUGAAGAUAGCCUGGGGGCCCAGGCUCUACACCGAGCAGCAGUCACUGGGCAGGAUGAAGCCGUUCGGUUCUUGGUGUCCGGUCUUGGCAUUGAUGUAGAUGUGAGAGCAAAGUCCACCCAGCUCACAGCACUUCUUUAUGCAGCCAAGGAAGGACAGACAAGCACUGUUCAAACGCUACUAUCCCUGGGUGCCGACAUCAACUCUAAAGACGAAAGAAACCGCUCAGCCCUGCAUCUGGCCUGUGCAGGUCAGCAUGUGGCUUGCACCAAGUUCCUGUUGCAGUCAGGACUGAAGGAUUCUGCAGACCUAACAGGCACCCUGGCCCAGCAGCUCGCAAAGAGUAGAGAUAUCCUUCAGGACUUUGACCACACUGUGAAGUCAUAAGGAUGUUUGAAGAAGGAGGUAAUAAAGUUCAUGGGAACUGACGUCCUGCGUUUUCAGUUAGACAAGCGGGUGAGUUAUUUCUCAGCCAGUGUUUUCUUCUCCUUCUGCCCUCCUGUCAUGUUCCUCUGCUAGAAGACUUGCCAAAUGACCAAGACUGUGGAUUCCUGGCAUGUUGUAUGAUCUUGAAGGCAGCCAUUUAUUUUAUUUUUUUAAACCAUACUGGGGGUUGAGACCAGAGCCUUGCAAAUGCUAACUAAGCCAGUGCUGUGCCUCUGAGCUCGAGGAUCAGCCCCAUACUUUGGUUUUUCUACCCUUCAAGUAGAAUGAGAUUAAAUAUUGAGUCCUGGGAAUCCCUGGGAAGUAUAUAAUGUGAACGAAUGUAAUAUAUAUCCUUCUUUAAAUGUAUGAAAAUGUAAUAAAACUUGAAAUAUGAAUUGCUGUUUACUCAAGCUGUAAAACAUAAUUGGCCUAUUUAAUUUUUUUCCUUCACGGGUUUUAUGUGGUCAUUCGGUUCAUAGCCAGAGAUGGUGUGCAUACUUCACCCACCUAUAACAAUGUUUACAGGGAGUUGACAGACACCUUUUUAUAUUCUCAUUACUGCUAGUUGGGCUAACUUUAUUUUUUUAUUUUUUUUUAAAUGCAUGUGGAUAUUUUGCCUGCAUAUAUUUCUGUGUGCCACAUACAUGCCUGAUGCCUUCCGAAGCCAAAAGAGGCUGUCAAACCCCCUUAGGAAUAUCGUUACAGACAGUUGUGAGCCUCCAU